AUGGGGAACGCAUCGACUUCAAUCAAUCAGUAUGUCACCGGUAACGGUGUUAAUAACUCGUCUCCGUUUAAUAAUCUUUCUUAUUUGACUCCUCCGGGCUCGUCAAAUAGUACAAGCUUGUCGAGUUCUUUAUCGACUACAACUCCAUCCAUAUUUGCUUCAUCGGCUGUGAAUAACCCCCUAGUUUCGUCAUCAGUCUCGUGUUUGUCGUCGUCGUCGUCCUCAACAUCGUCGUCUUGUACCUCCUCCUCCUCCUCCUCCUCCUCAUCAUCAUCAAGCUAUUCCUUUCACACACCCAGAUUGAGAUACUACUUAUCCAAAUCAUUUGAUAUCGAAGAUGAUUUAGAGUUUUGUCCCGAAGUGUCUAACGAUAGUCAUCACAGUAGUCCUCCAAUGAAGAAGUUCAAUCCAUAUACCGCCACUGUGUUUUCACCAAAUCAGGAGAUUUCCCUGUUUGCUUACAGCCAUAGUAACCACAGUAGUAUAAACAGUAACACAUCCCCAAGAGUGAUCACUCCAAGAAUCAAAAAACCGUUAGAGAUUGUAAAUCCUCAAACUAAGAUGAGAAUCGGUUCACCAGCAGCUUCUAAGCCUGAAAGCUAG